AUGUGCGCCAGUUCGGCCGACGCCUCCUCGUGCGCGCAACUGACCGGCAUGAGGGGACCAGCGGAGCCCGCUGCACCCGGCGGCGCGUUGCAAGUGUUCGGCUCGGCAGCCCAUCCUCCGCCCUCGUUCGUCGAGUACCAGCGCCUGCAGCUGUUCGACUACAGCCAAGCCAGCCGGCUACGCAUCAUGCAGCCCGGCCUCCUGGGGGCCUACGCCGGCGCCUUCGGUCCGUACGCGCCUCCUCCUGGAGCCGAAAGCCUCUUCGGCUUCCCGCCUUUCUUUCGGUUCGACCCGAGGUCGCGGUUCGUUCAAGAGGAGCCCAAACCUCAGCACAGUUACAUCGGGCUCAUAGCGAUGGCCAUCCUCAGCUCGGCGGAGAAGAAGAUGGUGCUGAGCGACAUCUACCAGUACAUCCUGGACAACUACCCGUACUUCCGAAACCGGGGUCCCGGCUGGCGCAACUCGAUCCGCCACAACCUGUCGCUCAACGACUGCUUCGUCAAGGCCGGCCGCAGCGCCAACGGCAAGGGCCACUACUGGGCCAUCCAUCCGGCCAACGUGGACGACUUCAAGAAGGGCGACUUCCGACGCCGCAAGGCUCAGCGCAAGGUGCGCAGGCACAUGGGUCUCUCGGUGCCUGACGACGACGACAGCCCGACGCCAACGCCGCCCCCUCCUCAACCUCAGCCACCACUAGAAUCGCCGCAUACGGCCGCCAUCUGGGGCGAGGACGGCACCUCCGUGGGCCUGACGCACAAGCUGUCGGUGACCCUCAAGAGACGCCAGUUCGACGUCGAGAGUCUUCUGGCGCCGGACCCUUUGCCGCUAGAACGACGCUCACAGCAGCAGCCGUCGCCGAAGCCGGGCAGUCCAUGGCCCUUGCCGCCCGCUGGCUGUCCCCUGGAGUCCAUGGGACUUCAGGGAACGUGGCCCGGCCAGCCGCAGUCUUUGUUAGCCAUUCACCAGGAGCGCCUGUCACUCUUCAGAGCGCAACACCAAGAGCAAAUGCUGCACCGCUGGUGUCCGCUUCAAGACCCACGCUCGUCGCCCUCCGUUUCGGACACCGAAGUGGACAAGCUGAGCGCUCCACCCUGA